AUGUGGCCCCUGCAAAGUCCGAUUUUGUUGAUAUAUCUUUCAGGUGUUUACAGCCUUAAACUGCAUAUAGAGGAGUUCUACUCAAAGUCUUUUGUGCCCGAGGACAUCCAUUUGGCCUACGACAUUGUUGGCUUUGAGAAAAUUAACUUUAAUCUAACCGUGGAGGUACCCUUUCCCGGCAAACUUCUCAUGCACAUUUUCGCAAGGAAGCUCUCGGAUCAAGUUGGUGGCUCCGAUCAGGUGGAUCUUGUUCGCUUUAAAAAUAUGGAUCUAUGCAAGCUCCUCGAUUCCCUGCGCAACAUAACAGUGGAGGAGAUCCCUGGCGAGAGCCUGCUGCCCUCCACUUUUGUUGUUUCCUGUCCCUUGGUGCCUGGUUUUUACUACAUAAAGGAGAGUUCUGUCGAUCUCAAGCUGGUUCCCUUCCGUAUUCCCGAUGGCCGGUAUAUGGUGCUAAUAGAGUUGAUACAGGUUUACGAGGAAGUCAUGAAAUUGGCUACCGCCAGGAUCAAGUUUGCCGUGAGGCGACCACCGGGCUAUAAGGAACCAUCCUCUGAUUUUGAUAGCAAUGAUGAGGAGGGAGUAACCAAAAAUCGUGAAAAAGAAAAGAAGGAGCCAAACGAUGUAGAGGGGGAGAAGAAGGGACCUAAUAAUGAAGAAAAGGAGGAACGUAGUUCUGAGGUUUCUGAUCCAAGCGAAAAUAACAAUGAAGCUGGGAAAAAAAAGGAACUUUGUUCAGAGGAAUCAAGCGACGAUAACCAUAGGACUUCUACUGAUUACGAAUAA